AUGGAUAUGAAAUCUUCAGUUGGAUCCUUCUACUAUGAAAGUUUUGCCUUCCCCGGUAUGGUACCGUACAAGAGACCUGCAGCUGAUAAAUCCGGAGUGCCCGUUUAUCAACCAGGAGCGACGUAUCAGCAGUUAAUGCAGUUGCAACAGCCGUUCGUACCGGUGUCAUGUGAGUACACCGCCGCUACCGUUUCGUCCCCGGAGGGCAAGAGCGAAACAGAGGAGCGCCCCGGACUCGGGCCCAUGACAGAUGCCGCGGCUAGAGCAAAGGAAGUCGCUACUCAGAGUUAUGCCAAAGCUAAACUCGCAGCCGCGGCUCUGAAUUAUACCGGGGUGUCCCUCAACAAGCAAACCCCUCCUGCUGCUGCUGCUGCUGCCGCACCUCUUCCUCGUGGGUAUCCCUACACUUUCACUCCUUCCACUUAUCAAAUACCCUUUGCCAAACCUUCACCCCCCGUAAAUCCUUAUGCAUUCCUUCGACCCGUAUAUUCCAUGCCUCCUCCUCCGUCUGCUCCCGCCGUAUCGAAUCCGGUCCUCGUCGGAAAUCCACUUUUGGUGGGUUCAAUGCUAUCGCAUUAUCCCGCCGCUCCAUCCGCUACCAUAACCACCCACGAAAACAAUAACACGUCACCUCAGCCUUAUAAAAAAAUGAAAACAACGUAG